GGUAAGACAACUAGACCCAUCAGUCACCACAAGGUCUUUUGUAAGUACGAAACAGUUUGAAGAAAGGCAGAGUUAUACUGUGAGUCUGGAUACAAAACACACAGAUGAUUUGUGUGCCUCCAGAACCUACUUGUCAAUUAUUUCUUUGGUGUUUAGUGUUGUUCUGUAUGUAAAUACAAAUGUACGCAACUUGUUGAGAACCUCGUCAGUUUGCCUCUUGCCCUUGAGAGCUGGAAGGGGCUCCAGGUUGCAAACCAUUUUAGAACAUUUAAGCUUGUUGUCUACAUCAAUUAAUAUUACCAAUCUAUAUUAAUAUGACACAAUUUAACUCAAAUCCCUUCAAGAAAGUGCGAUCAACAUUCUUCUGUGUCGCUCAUAUUUCUUGUUUGGCAGGAUGAUCUUGCAUCAUGCACAGUUUUUCACACAGUUUUCAAGCUACAGCAGUAGUAGCUGCAGUAGAUUUACAUAAUUCCUUGCCUCUGGAUAAAGAACAACAUGUCUUUUCACUAGAAUAUCUGGUUUCUGGAUAUAAAUAUCUGGUAUUAUAAGUAUUUUAAUCCAAAGAUAAGAGGGACAUUGUAGACAUUGUUCUGUGAUGUACACAGCGUUUUGCUCCAAGCAGAUGCAGCAGGUGAUUAUCUGGUCUGACGAUGAGUCAACACAGUCACCCUUUAUCUCUCUCUCUUUUACUUGUCCCAUUCUUCCUCUGCUUCUCUCACUCUUUCUGUUUAAAGGACCAUCCAGAUCCAGAUCCUCCCUCUGUAACAUCAUGGAAAUAUUUCAAGUUAUGUAGAGACACAGAGCUGGCAUGCUCUUAUUUGUGUAGAAAUACAGAAUUGUAUUGUAUAGGCUAUAACAGCUAGAUCAGAGUAAAUAACAGGUUUUGUGAUUGAUCUUGGGAAAAUUUAGCUUAGAUUAAAUCUAUAAAAGGAUCCUGACUGAAACAAUGAGGAUAUUAUUAAAAUUCACUCUCUGCAUAUUGACAGGCCUUUACUGUAGCCACAGUGAAGCUGGCGACUCAGUUGGUGGUCCUGGUGGUGGUCCUGUCUCCGGCAGCGAUUCUGGCUCUGCCUCUGGUGCCGGCUUUGCCUCCAGCACUAGACCAUAUUUCACAGACUCAGUGGGUAGGCCUGGUGGUGGCACUUUCUCUGACGGCAGCUCCAGUGGCAGUGCUGCCUCCGGCAGCGGGUCCAGCAGCCAUAGUAAGGACCAUAGUAGCAACUCAUUUGGCAGCGGCUCUGACGGCGGUGACUCUGAUGGCAGCACCUCUGUCUCCAACAGUGGCUACGAUAGUGGGUCCAGCAGCCACAGUGAAGCUGGUGACUCAGUUAAUGGUCCUGGUGGUGGUGCUGUCUCAGGCGGCGGCUCUGGCUCUGCCUCUGAUGCCGGCUCUGCCUCCAGCAGUAGACCACAUGUCACAGGUUCUGGUUCUGGUUCAGGUUCAGGUUCUGGUUCUGGUUCUGGCACUAGUGCUGUUCAUUCUGGCUCUGGCUCCGGUAACCCAUCCUCCUCCAUUCAUACAACCACCAGUCCCAGUUCUGGAACACAUGCACCAGACAUCACAGGCUGGCCUAUUGGAGGGGUGUGUCUGGGAACACUGGUGGUGAUUUCUGUGAUUGCACUAAUACUGUACAGAAAGAAACUCCUCAGGAGGCCAGCAUGUUGUGUUGCCGAGAGAUCAUCAAAGCAGAAGAUACAGUCUCAAUAUAACAAAGAGGGAAAUACUGGAGAUUCUCAUCAUUAUGAUGAGAUAAAUGGACAGAAACAGCAAAAGACCUCAUUGCAAACUGUUUAUGCUACUGUGAGUCCUCCUGCAGACCAGGUCCACUAUGAAUCUGUCAAUAUUCAGAAGGAUGGAAACACACUUCCUGACAGUAAUAAAAAUGGCUUCUCUGAAAAGGAGAAGAGAGCCACUGGUCGUCCAACAGCAGAGCCAAAUCUCUAUUCCACUGUCACAAAGCAGGGACAACAAUAAUAUAGUCACAGUGUGACAAAUGUUUAAACCCUAUCUAUACACCUAGAAAAGAAGAAGAAAUGUUAAACAACUUUCAGUUUAUAAGCUAGUUUGGCUUUAGUUUUGUUAUAUGAUGCAAUACACAUCGUUUGAUAUAAAUUAAGAGGUGUGUUUCUCAUUUUGCUUCACUGUUCCUAUUGUUUAUAAAUUUCAGUAUGUCAUUACAUCUGAUGUGGAGUCAAACAACAGUUUUUGUAUAGAAUACUUUUAUAACACAAGUUAAUAUUUUAUAACAUUUUAAACAUUUUAUUGAGUUUAUGACAUAAGGAUUUUCAUAUUAUACCUAAAAGUCACAUAUGACUUAAAUUAUUUUCUGCUUUAUUUUCUGUUCUGUCCCCGUUUCUUGUUUUUCUCCACAACGCUGUCUUGUGGCUGUAGCUCAAGUGGUAGAACUGGUCACCUACUGUUUGAAAUGUUGGUGGCUUGUUCCCUGUCUGCUUGCCAAAUAUCCCUCUACUAACUAACCUCAAGCUGCUCUCCAAUGUACCCAUCGUUGUAUGAAUGUGUAUGAAUAUUAGCUAGAAAGCACUUACAGAGAAAGAGCAUAGAAAAAAGUGCUUGUGUGAAUGGGUGAAUGAAGCAAGUUGUUUAAAAUUCUUUGAGUGCUCAUAGCAGAAAAGUACUAUAUAAGAACCAGUCCAUUCACUAUUUGUGGACAAAUUGGUGUGCAACUUCUGUUAGGUUCAUGUUUUGCUGUCUUUUCUGUCAGUGUGUAUGCCACCAGACUACCACCAUGAUAUAUUACAGCAGUGUAAGCAUUGGAAUGAAUCUUGAUAUUGUCUGUAAUUAGUAGUACCAGUUUAAUUUAUUUACACGUAUCAUACUUUUCCUGAUUUAUUAAUUGCUUAAAUGCAAGAUGAUUUUUGUUUCUACAGACUACUUUCCAAAGUGAUUCUAAGAGCAUUUAAAUAUAAACUGGUUUCUACAUGAAACAAUAAUUUAUUUUUGUUUUAGUGGUGUAUAUAAGAACAUAAGGUGUGGCUAGACUUAUCUUUGGUCUGUUAUUUCUUGGUUUGCCUGGUUGCCGUACUGCCUUUCUGUCACCUGGAAAAUUUGUAUACAAGAAAAUAAGUACACACAGUUUCAUUGGUUGUUCCUGCAAAACAGAUAUGCAUACUUUUUCCAUUAAAAAAAAAAAAAUAUACCGAAUGAAUUUCUGUGUGUAUAGAUCUUUGUAUUUUUUCUAGAUGAAACAUGCAUUGGACACAAUGUUGAACACAUGCAAAAGGAGG